GCCGGCACAGAUCAGGAACCGGCGUCCGGAGAAGCAACAACAGCCACCGCCUACCCGCCCGUGUUCCGCAAGCAAGAGACUUGGGAGAUCGGCCCUUUGCCGCGCGAUGAUCCUGACCCUGCGUCGCCGCCCGCCGGCCCCCCUCCUCCGCCUCCUCUUGGCGCUGGGGCUCGGCGCUUGCGUCUUCCACUCCGCGGCGUCUGCUGCCGGCCUCCACUUCAAAGAAGGGCAAAGCUGCCACAAGCCGCUAGGGCAGAAACCUCCCGGGCUCAGAACUUAUCCUCGUCCUCAUGAAUAUUUGAACACCACUCAACUGCCCAAGAGCUGGGACUGGCGAAAUAUAAAUGGAGUCAACUACGUGAGUGCCACUCGCAAUCAGCACAUCCCACAGUACUGCGGGUCCUGUUGGGCUCACGGCAGCACCAGCGCCCUAGCUGAUCGCAUCAACAUAAAGAGGAAAGGUGCUUGGCCCUCUGCCUACCUCUCAGUUCAGCAUGUCAUUGACUGUGCCGAUGCUGGGACCUGUCAUGGCGGAGACCACACAGGGGUGUGGGCAUAUGCUCAUGACCAUGGCAUUCCAGAUGAGACCUGCAACAAUUACCAAGCUAAAGAUCAAAAGUGCAAGAAAUUUAACCAAUGUGGAACUUGUGUUACUUUUGAACAAUGUCAUGUGAUAAAGAAUUACGACAUGUGGAAAAUUGCAGAUUAUGGGAGUGUCCAUGGGCGAGAAAAAAUGAUGGCUGAAAUCUAUGCAAAUGGACCAAUCAGCUGCGGGAUCAUGGCCACUCCUAAGCUGGACGAAUACACUGGAGGCCUUUAUGCAGAAUACAAACUCAUGCCUGUAAUAAACCACAUAGUCUCUGUUGCUGGCUGGGGUGUAGAAAAUGGAACUGAGUACUGGAUUGUUCGGAACUCUUGGGGAGAACCAUGGGGCGAGCGUGGCUGGCUUAGAAUUGUGACAAGCGCAUAUAAAGGAGGAAAAGGAAAACACUACAACCUGGCUGUGGAAGAGGACUGUGCUUAUGGAGACCCAAUACUUCCUUGACUCUGCAAUCCAUUGCAGAAUCCAUUAUGUGGACCAUUGUUUGCACUCAUGCCUUUUAAAUGAAAGGGACCUCCCAGCAUGAUUUUUUCUUCUCAUGAAAGGGAUAGAUAAUUAUUGGUAAAGCAUGCUAAUGAUGAAAGAUUAGCAAAGUCUACUUAUUUAGUAACUUUUUCAAUUUGAACCUGCAUAUAACCUCCCCAAUGAAGGACCGCUAUUGAUUACACACAGAGAGAGAGACUGACUGCUUUUAUUUUCUGCUGAGAAGCUUUAGUUAUGGUGGAAUAUGUAUGGAUGCCUUUACAGUGUACAUGAUGUUUGGGUCCCAAUCCAGCUAAAGUUGGUAGGGACUGAUUUAAACAUAAUGCCGGACAUGAAAAAAAUAUAUUUAAAAACCUUAGCCGUAUAGCAUGCUAUGCAGCCAGUGCCUUGUUUUAAAUCAGAUUGCCUCAAAUUCUGCAGUUUGAGAGCUCAGGAUGGAACAUAGUAGAGAAGGGGGCAGAGCCUGUCAUGACUUGUUGACUUCAGUGCAGGUUUAUUGACCCCCUUCCUAUCUGUUUUCAAAAUAUAUAUUCUGCUUUAUUAGUGUCUGUCUCUCAGUUGCUGUCUCCUACAGAAAGAGAAGGAGGGGUGGUGAAUCUGGAAGAACAUGCUGGCAAAUGUGGAUGGUUUAACCCUUAGAGCAGGGGGAGGGAGCCUCAGGCACCAAAUGUGGCCCUCUAGCCCCUCUAUAUGGCCCUUGGGGCUCUUCCCCAGGCCAUGCUCCUCACCAGCCUCCUUAAGUGCUUUUGCCUGGCUGAAAUGUGCCCUUGAGCUGUGGGGAUGCCUCUUGCCUGCCAGGAUGGAGGACUGAGAAAUGUGCAUAUGAGGAUGUGUUUGGAAACCUCUCCAGUGUACAUAACAAGAGUUGCAUCUGUUGCUCCGCCUACUUUUGCAUCUGGCCCUGCCUACUAAUGGCAUGUGGCAUCCGCUGGAAGGUUGCUAUGAGGAAAUACAGCCCUCCAUCUGAAAAAGGUUCUCCCACCCCUGCUUUAGAGGCAAGGGACAAGGCUGGGAGUGGGCCAUGUGCCUGAGAUUUAAUUCCCUCCCUGGAUAC